AUGGAAGACUUGAUCGCUUGCUUGUAUCCAUUUGAACGUAGUCGCCGUGCGAUCGAGGUGAUCGAAGACCCCGUCAACAGCCCCGCAGACCGCCCUCGGCGCGUUGAUGCGACGCGACAAUCGCCUGAGCUGCAGGGCAGGCAAAGCAGCGAAACAACCGCUCCACCGGACGAUGACUACGACGACAAAGUCCAGCCCCAGGAUCGUGGUCCCGGACUGGAGUUGAGGUUUAGCCACAAGCUUAAAGGCGGCCUCGGCAUUGUCUUUGGCACCAACAGGAAUAGCUGCGACAUUGUCCUCCCACAUCUUCCCGGCAUCAGUCGCCGACAUUGCUACAUCACUUUCGAUGACCAACGCCGACUGAUUGUGCGAGAUAUCUCAUCUUACGGGACCAUUGUCACGUACGACCGCAAGGGGAGAGAGAGACGCAGCAAGUUCAAAUGGAUCAUAGGCGGCCACCAAGUCCCUGACAAGACCGAGACAAUCGUCGUCGAAAUCCUUCCAAAUCUCAAGUUCCAGAUCUUCGUCUCCAAAGAUCAUCUACAUCCAGAUCUGUUCUUUGACAACGUCGGCCAAUUUCUCGGGGUCGCCACGAAUAACGAGCUAGCAUUUGGUGCUUUGGGCCUCAAGAGCGCAAUCUCAACAGCUGCUCCCAGCGGGAGAGACACCCCCCAACCAAAGGCCUAUUCUUCUGAAGCGAGGAAAGCUCGGCGAAGGGUCAUUCGGGGUUACGAGCCGAACCCUCAGUUAUUGCUAGAGUAUCUUCCGCUCGGAAACCUUGAGCAUCAAAAUCACCUACAGGCCGUCUCUGAGAGCGAUGUUUGGAAUCUGCUUCGUCAAAGCUCUUUAGCUUUGUCAUACCUUCAUGCUCAGAUGCCACCUAUCGUCCAUCGAGACAUCAAACCGGAGAACAUUCUCGUCUUAUCCCGUAGUCCGUUUCACGUCAAGCUAUCGGACUUUGGCCUAGCAAAGGCAGGCAGCUAUUUGGAAACUCAAUGCGGCACGCUCGUCUAUGCUGCUCCUGAGAUUGCUCAAUACUGUCGCCCAAACUCUAUCGGAAGCCCUAGAUACACGUGUGCCGUUGAUAUUUGGUCUCUUGGCGUUGUUGUCUUCCAGUACGGUUGUGGUCUCCCAGAAUAUAGUAGGGAGUCGCAACUAUCCUGGUGUGAACAGAUCGUCGAGGAAUUGAAGGACUGGGACUCCGAUAGCCUGCUUGAUAUUUUAUUGGGUAUGCUGGUCAUAGACCCAAAGCAGCGGUAUUCAGCUAAAGAGUGUUUGGAAAGAGCAUCGGAGCCAGAGGCGCCUCAAACACCGACACCAAUGCGUUACGAAAGACAACAGCGUGAGAUUGGACAGUCCGACCUACCGGCCCUUCACCCCACUGCCUUCCGGCAAGAUGAUCACUAUUUUCGAGACUCCGAAAUCCAACGGUACAUAAGAUCACAGGCCGGCCGGUGUCCCGGUUCGCCCGAUUUCGAAGGCGAUAUACGACGGCAAGACUCCUCGCGCUCUAUCCAGGACUCUGAGAUCCAGGGAUACGUCAGGUCAAAGAUCUCGCGUCAUUCUGGCGCGCCUGCCUCUGAAGACGAUGAAGAGUCGCUGGCCUUCACCCAAGACGCUGGCAAAACAGAGGCCCAGCCCCGUUCCGUUUCGCCGACAAUCGUAGAUAAGCGAAAGGAAUCAACGGCGACAUCAUCUUCAUCUGCAAGACGCGCAAAACGCACUGUCGCAAAAAGUUCACUAGGUCACUUGCAAUACGAAGAACCCGGGGUUGCUCAAGAUCCGCAAAAUGACCCAAAUCAUGCAGGACACGGUGAGCAGAAUAACAGUCUGGGGUAG